AUGGGCAGGUUGCAAGCCUCUAGUCCCAUAAGUUUCUGGGAGAACUUUCGUUCUCCCGGUGUGGACAUGUGGAGCUUAUUUGUUGGAGGCGACUCCAAACCGCCUCCUUUGCACCUCCCUCACUUGUUGCAGUCACUUGAUUGCAGGCUUUUGGCCGGACCGACGUGCGGGAUACAAGGAUGUCAUGAGUCAGUCCUGGCUCAGCAGAAACAGGGAGUCCAUCCCCUGAAUCCACCUGCGUCUCUGGGCGAGCGCAAGGUCGCUUUUGGUCCGCGAUUAGCCCAAUAUCCGCCACCCGGGGAUGCGCCACGUAGCCUCGCGACUAACCGGCUGCGAUCCCUCUAG